AUGAACCUCUCGCUGCCAGAAGUGGUACAUAAGGCCGGACGAGGGAGACGGACGUUUGAAGUUGCUCUGACUCUGCUCAUCUCCUUAUAUCGACCAGGAAGAACGCAUUCACGCCCUCCCGCCACCGUUCAUUCACACCGUCAUCCCAUCACCAUCAUGGCAUCCUCGGGAGACUCUGCUUCGGCCAAGCGCGCCGCGGGACAGCUGCAGCAGGACCUCGGGAGCAUCCAGGGCAGCAGCGGUCUCAAGGAGCAGGGAGACAAGGACGCUCAGGUUGGCACCGGAAUGCAGAAGGCCAACGAACAGCCUGACGCCGCAGGCAUGACCGAUGCCGCCGGAGCCAAGGACCAGGUUCGCCAGCAGGCCGACCAGUCGUAA